AGACACGUUAGUACUAAAAUGUUUUUAAAUUCACGUAGAGCUGAAGUUUUGUUGCAGUUCUAAAUAUUUGGUUUGGGGUUACAUUUACAUGUUCAAAGUGUCCGUCAACGCGCCAAUGCAUGUAGUUGGGCGCCUAUCGAUAUACACAGUACACAGCAACCGUGUGAGUGCACAACCAAUCAUCUGUUAACCAACACCGGCUGCAACAGAGCGGGAGGCGGGAGUAGCCAGCAACAACAACAACAUCGCCGUGCGUGUUCCUGUGUGUGUGUGUGCGUCUGAGAUUGGAAGACAAUGGCUGCAGCUGCGGACGGUGUUGUUCCUACCCUUGCAAUUCGCUCUAGCGUGGCGGUUGAACUGUGGUCAUCGGCGGGACCUAAGUUGCCAUAUGAACACAAGUCCAACCUGCCGCGAGAGGAGACGAAGAGUUCUCGUUCGAUCUGCUUCAGUCCAGAUGGCCGAUAUUUUGCAUAUUCCAACGGCCUGGACGUUAAGGUGCUCGAGGCGUGCAAGGAUGGUGCCGGAGAAUGGCCAGUGAAGUGCUCGUUGCCGCGCCCCAAGGCAUUCUACCUCAAGUUCUCGCCACGUGGCAACUAUCUGUCCACCUGGGAGCAGUAUGCCAUCACCAAGGACCGCCCAGAGGGGUCGCCCAAUCUCCUGGUCUACGAUGUCAACACGGGCACCGAAGUGUUUGCCAUUGUCCAGAAGAUCCAAACGGAUUGGGAGCCGUCUUGGUCAUCGGACGAGUCGAUCUUUGCUCUCGUCGUUGGAGGCGAAGCUCUGUUCUAUGACCUGCCCGAAGGAGCGGCUAAAGGAUUCGCAACUACCUCAAGGAAAAUUGGCGGCAGUCGGGGAGGAAUGCUAUCCCUUGGUCCCGGCCACUGUCCGCCGUAUUUAGCCUUCUACAAUCCCGGCGCCAAGGGAGCUCCGUCCAUGUGCAAGCUGUACAAGUAUCCCGCCCUGGCCCAGAACCAAACGGUGGCCUGCAAGAGCUUCUUCCAAGCGGAUCGCGUGGAAAUGUUGUGGAACAAGAGAGGCACUGGCCUGCUGCUGCUAACCAGCACCGAGGUGGACAAGAGCGGCGCUUCCUAUUACGGCAAUCAGGCUGUUCACUUUAUGGCCACCAAGGGCGACACUUGCUCCGUGCCGCUGUCGAAGGAGGGACCAGUGCACUGUGUCAAAUGGAGUCCCAAAGCCACCGAGUUUGUGGUUGUAUAUGGCUUCAUGCCAUCCAAGGCAGCUCUCUACAAUCUCAAGUGCGACGUGAUCUAUGACUUUGGAGAGGGACCGCGUAACUGUGCCUAUUUCAAUCCGUUUGGAAACAUCAUUGUGCUUGCCGGAUUUGGCAAUCUGCCUGGAGCCGUCGAGGUGUGGGAUGUGCCGAAGCGAGAGAAGCUGGCCAGUCUGAAGCUGGCGGACACCACGGUCUUUGAGUGGCAUCCCAAUGGUGAAUGGUUUGUCACAGCCACCACCGCUCCAAGGCUCAGGAUUAGCAACGGUUUCAAAGUGUACCACUACUCGGGAGCCCUGCUGCACGAGACCAUGUGGCCGCAGGGGCAGGAGUUGCUCGGCAUUGAGUGGCAGCAGUAUGCAGACCAGACCUUCAGUGAGCCGAAAAUCACCAAGGCCAAGCAUGAGGGCAUCAAAUCCAGUCAGCCAGAAGCCAGCAAGAAGGCCUACACACCGCCCCAUCUGCGCCUGCUGAAGGAGGGCAAGAAUCCGGAGAAGUACUUGCCGCAGCCAAGCAUACCCGGACUGGCACCAGCAUCAGCAGGUGGUGCCAACAACAGGAAGAACAACAAGAAUAAGCCAAAGGGCCCCAGGAGGGAUGUGAAUGUUGUGAAUGGUGGCGAUCCAGCCUCGGCUGCUACUGCGGCUCCGGCGACAGAGACAGUGACGGGAGAGGAACAGCAGCUAUCCCAGACCCCGCAACAUCACACGCCUAGAACACGACCGCAGGCGCCCAGAUAUCAACAGCAAAAUGCCGCCGACCAGCCACGCCAUCAUCAGCAGCAGCAGCCGCAACCACAUCCCCAGGCCAAUGGUCAAAAUUCGAACGAGAAGGAACGCAAAAUUCGGACCGUUGCCAAGAAGCUCUCGGAUAUAAAGAAGCUAAAGUCGCGCCAGGGCCAGGGCGAAAGCCUCGAGCUAAAUCAAUUGAAUAAGAUUAAAAUGGAAGCAACUUACUUGGACGAACUCAAAGCGCUCAAGCUGUCCGACUAAAAGGAGACGUGGACGACGACGAGCGAGAGAAGAGAAGCAAGAGGAAAAGGACAAUACAAUUGAUACCAUUGAUUUGUGUGAUAACACCCACCAGAUGACACCACAAGUUGCCUUCUCUCCUCCUCCUUUUUCAAAUACUGUUUGUUCUUGUUCCCUUUCCUGCUGUUUUACGCUCAUUUUGCGAAAGAGAUGUGUCGCAACAAGUUUCUAGUUAAAAACAUUUUUCUACUAUUGUGAUUUCUAAACAUUUUUGGCAAACAAACAGUUACUCAAAAACAACAUAAAUUUAUGUACCAAAUUGUGCUAUCAAGCGAAUAAAGAAGUUUCCACAAAGAUA